AUCAUGCGAUGCUUCGUCCACUCAAAUUCAGCUCCACGGCCCCUGAACGCACCAACAUUCCGUGCCCGGACCACGCCCGACCCGACACCGACCCAACUCCAUGGCCUCCGCGGCCAACGCCAUCUCUCUCUCCGCCUCGCCGAGGCUCGCCGCGAGCAGCUCGUCCGACCAAUUAGUCGUCCGGCUCCAGAGCCCGAGUUCUGUCUCAUUUCGGCCUCGCUCCGAGCUCAAACCGGCCAGGUUGUCGGUGGCGAGUCGAGCGAACCGGCUGAGGAUCUGCGCGACUGCGGCUCCGGUGAUGGACAAGGCGGCGAGCCCCAAGGUGCCCACCAUAGUCGAUGUGGAUUUGGGUGACCGGAGCUACCCGAUCUACAUUGGUUCCAACCUCCUCGAUCAGCCCGAGCUUCUGCAGAGGCACGUUCACGGGAAGAGGGUUCUCAUUGUCACGAAUGAAACGAUCGCACCGUUGUACCUCGAUAAAGUUGUGCAUGCCUUAACCGUUGGAAACCCGAAUGUCUCGGUCGAUCAUGUCAUUUUACCGGAUGGCGAGAAGUACAAAAACAUGGAUGUUCUCACGAAAGUCUUCGACAAGGCCAUCGAGUCGCGAUUGGACCGCCGCUGUACUUUCGUUGCCCUAGGUGGUGGUGUUAUUGGUGACAUGUGUGGAUAUGCUGCUGCCUCUUACCUCCGUGGGGUGAAUUUCAUCCAGAUUCCCACAACCGUCAUGUCUCAGGUUGACUCAUCUGUUGGAGGAAAAACUGGCAUUAACCACCGUCUGGGAAAGAAUUUGAUUGGUGCCUUCUACCAACCUCAGAGUGUGCUUAUAGACACUGACACAUUGAACACGUUGCCUGAAAGGGAGUUAGCAUCGGGUUUUGCUGAGGUCAUUAAGUACGGGCUUAUAAGGGAUGCAGAAUUUUUUGAGUGGCAAGAAAAGAACAUGCAUGCUUUGAUGUCAAGGGACCCUGCAGCUUUAGCCUAUGCCAUAAAGCGUUCUUGUGAAAAUAAGGCCGAGGUUGUGUCCUUGGAUGAGAAGGAAAGCGGCCUGCGGGCAACUCUUAAUCUCGGUCACACAUUUGGCCAUGCAAUUGAAACUGGCUUUGGCUACGGGGUGUGGCUUCAUGGAGAGGCUGUUGCUGCUGGCAUUGUCAUGGCUGCUGACAUGUCACAUCGACUUGGUUGGAUUGAUGAAUCAAUUGUGACGCGGAUCCACAACAUCCUAAAGCAGGCCAAAUUGCCGACUGCCCCUCCUGAGACAAUGACGGUGGAGAUGUUCAAGUCGGUCAUGGCGGUCGACAAGAAGGUUGCGGAUGGGCUGCUAAGACUCAUCCUCUUGAAAGGGCCUCUAGGGAACUGUGUCUUCACUGGGGACUAUGACAGGAAGGCCCUUGAGGAAACACUCCAUGCAUUUUGCAAAUCUUGAGUUCUCUAAACCGGUAGACCUUCGGCCUUACAGUAGGAUGUGCCAAGUGUUUAGUUGUAGUUCGGUGCUCGUGCUUAUACUUGUUAAGUCAAGAGUGAAUCGCUUUUUUCGUGAUGUUUUAUCUGCCUUGAUUCAAUUGAUAUGCUAUUAUCCGAGGUUGUAACUUUAGAAGCAUGGAUGAAUGAAUAAAGUGUAUUGGUUUCUGCUUCC